AUGGUGCUUUCACCAGAAAACAAUUGGGAAAAAAUAUUAUCACAUUUACCUGCAUAUCAAAUAUAUAAAAAAUUUAAUGAGACAUCCACAGAUAGUAAAAGUGAUUACUGUAAAAGCUUAGAAAAAUAUAAGCCCGAUGAUAUAACACUUUGUAAUAAAAUAGUAAACACUUUAACACAAUUAAAAGAUAAAAAUAAUGGAAAACAAAAACUGGGUUGUUAUUUCUUUCAACACUGGUUGAACGACCAGAUAAGUGAAAAAUAUUAUAAUAGAACCUACACAGGUAAAGAGAAUGAUAUUGCUAAUGAAAUUUUGAAUGUAGUAUCAACUUUUAUAUCAAAUUAUAACAUGAGUGAUGCCUGCAGGGGGGGGUUUUGGGUUGAUCCGGUAGGGUGGAAAAAAGACAAAGAUUUGCAUGAUUAUUUUGAAAAUUUUGAUAAAAUCAAAUGUGAUAACGUUGAUAAAACUAUGUGUCAACAUUAUGUGAAUUAUGUUACAUAUAUUGACCCAUUUUAUAAGAAGAAAAUUGAUGACUGCUGUGAGGAAGAUGAAUUAAUGGAAUAUUACUGUAGUACCUUUGUUAGGUGCGAAAGCAAGUACAAUACUCAGAAAUUAUUGACUCAAUUAAGAGAAAGUCUUGAACUAUUAAAUACAAAAGGAGAGGAAUCUCAUGAGACAUCCACUUUGCAACCGGAAACUCCUAGUGCUUAUUCAAUUGAAAAAAUUGGAGAUGAUAAUGACGAAGGUUCUUUUAACACAUCAGAUACUAGAAGGGACACAGAACCUGAGAUCAUUACUGAAACUCAAGACAUUAUUGAAACCGUACAUAACAAGGUGGGCUUCAACCUUUUGAAUAACUUCAUAGUAACUACUUCAAUACUUGGAGCAAUUCUCUUUUUAUUCUAUUAUCACAGGUCAACUAGGUUAGGACCAGAUUAUAAUAAAAGAAAACGAAAAAAAAAAAAAAUUAAGAAUAAUUAUUAUGAUGAGUCUGAAGAAAAUUUGUCUAUGUAUAGCUCAGAAUAUAUAUUAGAAGAUCCUCAAACGAGGAGAUUAAAUUUAAUUUAUCAUGCUGCGUAA